AAAUUUAUAUAGUAAAUUUCAUAUGUUAUUUGUUCAUAGUAAAUCUGAAUAAAGAUCCGGAUCCAGUUAAGUUGGGAACCACGUUGAAUCGCACCCACACGUUUCUUUGCCCUAACAGCGAAGGCACACUGCCCGACAGCCGCCGCCGUUUCUUCCUCUUCAUCUUCCUCGCAGCGCCGGCCUUCCAUCUUCCGCUCCCUCCCCGACUCGCCCUUGGCACGCAGGCGACAGCGGCGGCGCUCAGGUUCGGGCUCUCAGCGACGGCGGGGCAACCCCAGACUCGCUGCCGUCGUCAGCGGCUCUUCCUCCCGCCUCUCGCCAAUCGACUCGCACCCUCGCCUCCGGUCCUCGUCCCCCCCGCAUACCGGCCGGCGACCCUGCAUGCGCGCCUCCCGCUCCCCUUCCGCCUCCGGUGGACCGUCGACAGCGCCCGGCCCCGGCGGCUGCACUGCGCGCCGCGUGCGGCCGGCGGGCAGUGGGAGCCAGCAGCCGCUGCUCCAGCAAGGCGGCCGUGCCGCUUUGGUAGCGCUUGCCCGAAACGAAGCGUUACCUGUCCGCUUACGUUUCAGCGCGAGCUUAGUGCCUCCUUUUGGAACCCUGGUCUUGCAUGAUACUAAUAUUUUCGAGGAUAACAGCAAGAAGCAUUCAUAAAGCCAUACACAUUUCUCAUUCAUAUUCUUCAAGCUUUCGAAAUAAAGAAUUCUCUAGUUAUAAGCCAACGUUUCAGCAUCUUAGCACUAACAACCCGAUGAGGCCAAAUGAUUCGUUGGAGGCUCAAGACAUGGUUCCUGCUGAGGGAAACCACAGUUGCUUCUCAAGUGUUCAGUCCACUCCAGAAAUUGAGAAGAAGUAUGUGCAUCGUGUCUAUGAUGCCAUAGCUCCCCAUUUCAGUGCAACAAGAUUUGCUAAAUGGCCCAAGGUUGCAGGAUUCUUGAAUUCCUUGAGGCCAGGGUCGGUUGUACUGGAUGCUGGCUGUGGUAAUGGCAAGUAUUUGGGUUUCAACCCUGAUUGUUUAUUCAUAGGAUGUGAUAUAAGCCCACCGCUUAUUGAGAUAUGUGCUGGGAGAGGGCAUGAGGUGUUGGUUGCUGAUGCUGUCAACCUCCCAUACAGGAAUGAUUUUGGCGAUGCAGCAAUUUCAAUUGCUGUGUUGCAUCAUUUGAGUACUGAUGAUAGGCGGAGGAGGGCCAUAGAAGAGCUAAUCCGUGUUGUUCGAAGAGGUGGUCUGGUGCUUAUAACAGUCUGGGCUAGGGAGCAGGAAGACAAGUCUUUGCUCAACAAGUGGACUCCCCUCUGCGAGAAAUAUACUGAAGAGUGGGUUGAACAGAGCAGUCCUCCAGUACGCAGUAAAUCUGGAACUCUUCUGGAAAGCAUUGCAGAAACUGAUGAAGAUGCUGGUUUCACGAAGCAAACAGAUGACCGAUUGAAAAGCUGUCAUGGUGAGGUGGAGGACAAGACCAUUGACUGUAGUAAUUCAAAGACUGAUGAAAAUGAGAAAAACCAGCAGGAGUACUUUGUUCCAUGGCAUCUACCAUUUCACCGAGCUGAAAUUGGUGGUGCAUCUGCUGCUCUGGAAAAUGGAUUUGCAAAGAAAGAUGAGAAGAAGGGUACAGUGGUCUACAAUCGUUAUUAUCAUGUUUUUGUUGAAGGAGAACUUCAGAGAUUGGUUUCUGGCAUAAAGAAUGCUGCUAUUGUUGACCAGUUCUAUGACAAAUCCAACUGGUGCAUUGUUCUCGAGAAGCUUUGAGCUGCAGAAAAAGGAAUGGCACAAGAAGCCAUCAGAAUAUGAUAUUUGUGGGGAUUCAGUGGUAGGCGAGCCAAAUGUGUUUAUCCCGAAGUGUAUGAUGCAUUGUUUAAGGGAUCCUGAAAUUUAUGGUGCAUUGUUAAGACUUAUGUCAGAUUGCCCAAUAUUUUGAGGGCCAUCUGGACUUGAAGAAAUAUUUGCUGUCAAUCUGGUCAACACCGUGAAUUAGCAUGAUUGCUAGUACUGUUUUUGAUAUAAGUAUGAGCUUUCAUUGUUCUA